CUUCGGUAGUCGCGCCUCCAAUCGAAAAGCUCGAAUACAAAUACCAAUACGAAAAACCAUGAGAACAUCGUCCGGAAAUGGUUUCGGCACUUUUGCCGCCACGAAACCAGCCUGGGUUCACGCCCGCGCGCUUGUGUGCAUAUCAAUCCUUGGAUUUUUUGCUCGCUAUGGCGAUGCAAAAUCCGGGACGCCCCUUCUAGAGGGAGAAAUUGACGAAAACGUCCAGGUGCCCGGAUCGGAAUUCCGAAAACAACCCGUCAUCGCAGACGAUGUUCUUGGUCAGGCCAAAUCCAAAAGUGACACUGGAACGGGCACCACGGCCUUUUCCGGAUCCGAUUCUGGUGUGGAGCAUACGAGUGGCAUCACUGCGGGCGUGUCCCCUGCCUCGUCCAGCAGCAACCGGAACGAGUCGCCGUGCAAAAGCACUGAAGGCAGCACAGGAUCAGAAGUUGAGACAACCACUACAGCAACGUGUGCUCGAGGAAUUACAAAAGCAGAAAUGGCCAGCAGCGAAGGGGAAGGCGACGGUGCUUCCGCUGAGCCAGGAGUUGAACAAGGAGGACUGUUGAAGCAGGCUGCGUUUACAUCCGCGUCCGCCAGGGACGAGCUACAAUUGUCUGAACAAGCGCUUGCCAACUCCACUGCCACUGCCGCCGCGACGGCAGAUGUAGCGCAGAAAUUGCUUCCGAAGCACACGUUUCUCUCUGAGUUGCCUGUCGAAAACGUGGAGGAGCGGCUGUUCGACGGUUUUUUGCGCACCCGUCGAGAUUACACAAAGCUCAGCGGUUUAUCCAAAACGGUAGGCAAGGAGGUGGCAGCUGCAGAACAAAGUCUGAAGAAGC